CAAGCUGCUUGCUUUCGCGUCGACUGCCUUCACUUACUCCAUUUUAGGGUUUCCUUGCCAAGUCCUUAGCCCAGCUGAAGUCCUUAGUUAUAUUAGGAAUGCUUGUCAAAGGCCGUUGACCGUGCCCAACUGGGAGUUGCGUCUCAGUUGCUUUGUCUUAGCACGAGCUGACUUUUAGUCGUAGCUCAGAUACCUUGACAUAUUCAUAAUUGCGGAUAACUGUAACCCCCAUGGCUAUUUCACCAUUGGAAAUGAUUGUACAAAGCCGCCUAUUUAUAAUAAGUGGGUAGAGUAGGGGUUCUUCUCUAAGAGUUGAUACGUUGGGGAGCUAUGGACCGGUCGGCGUUGGAUCGUCCCAUGAUCGAUCGUCGAAUGAUGCUGCUCAGCCGCAGCCGCCGCGAGCAGGAAGGCGAUUCCGAUUCCGAAGAAGCAUAUUCGAUAGGCAGAGAUGACGUGGAUCGCUCCGAUUCGCUCAGCCGGGCCUUCGCGCAGCAAACGAGCGUACGCGACUACCGGGGGGGAGGGGGGGACUCGCGGCAAGUGCGGCAAGAGGAGGAGGAGGAGGAGGACGAGGAGGAGUACACGGUGGAGGUGUGGGACGCGCUGGACUCGCUGGAACAGUUAAAGCCCAUCAUCGCGUCGGGCCCGCGGUGGAAGCUGGAGGAGUUUCUAAGAGCCAUCGACAUCCUCCAGGAGAUGGCGGAGUUCUUUGAGCGCAACGAGUGCGCGUCGGGCGUGCGCGAGUGCGACAAGUUCAUGGCCGUCGCCAUGGACCACCUCCUCGACGAGUUCCGCGACGCGCUCGCCAAGAUCAGCAAGCCGCUGCCGGCGGCGAUGCUGCGCGAGGUGGCCAUGUCCACGCAGGCCGGCCGCCUCGUCGACCAGCACCAGGGCGGCGCCGCUGCCGCCGCCGCCGCCGUGCUGGCGGGCGCCGCUGGCGGCGGCGUGCCGCGCACGUCCACGGGGUCGUCGUCCGCGUCGUCGCACCUGCCGUCGUCGCGCUCGCGCACCGGCAACCCCGCGUCCUCGUCGCCCGACUCCUCGGGCUCCUCCUCCCCCACGGCGGGCGGGUCCGCCGCGCCGCACGCGGUGUCGGCGGCGACGCACCAGGCGCUGCAGGACUGGCUGUCGGCGAGCGCCGUGCCGUUCCUCCACCGCAUGGCCGUCAAGCUCGCGCAGGGGGGCGAGUCGCAGCGCUGCAUGCAGCAAUACGUCAAGGUGCGCGCGGAGGCCAUUCAGCGGAGUGUGGACGCGCUGGAUAUCAAGAGAGUGCUGACGUCGUCACUGGAAGAGAUGACGUGGCAGCAGCUAGAGGCGCUCAUGAAGGGAUGGGUCACGGACAUGCGAGCCAUGGUGCUGGUGCUGCUGGGCAGUGAGCGCGUGCUGUGUGACGAGAUCUUCGACUCACUGGAGCCCGACAGAGAGCUCUGCUACCUCUCGCUCAUUCAGGCGAGCGGGCUAGCAGCAACGGUGGAGGGCGGUGGUGAGCAACGGGCGUGUGGUGGCGUCGGGGCGCAACACGCCGGAGCGCCUCUUUGCGCUGCUCGAUAUGUUCACCACGGGGCGGGAGCUCCGGGCGCAGAUCGAGGCGGUGGUGUCGGUGCCGGGGUUUGGCAGCUUCAAACGCGUGCUGGAGGAGCCGCCUGCACACCACCAGGCGCAGAGCCAGGACAAAAAGAAAGGGAUGCUGAAGCCGUUUCUGCGCAGUGCGAGUGCGAGCGGCGCGGGCGAGGGGGGCCGGUGGAGGAGAUGGAGGUGGCUACGGCGGCCACGCACCCUCUCACGUCCUACGUCGUCAACUACAUGAACAACCUGCUCGAUAAGCAGAGCAAGCGCAACUACCCGGUGACGCUGGAGUAUCUGCUGCUGGAGUACGGCCGCAGCAUCACGGCCACCGGCACCGACGCCACGGCAGCGGCGCUCAUCACACGCAGCGGCCCGCAGUACAAGACGCCCUUCAGUGGGGCCGCCGUGGAGCGCCGGUCGGGCGCCGUGGGGCCGGCAGCGCUGGGGCAGCGCGCGGCCACACUGGCAGGCGUGGUGUCGUCGGUGCUGGAGUCGCUGCUGCGCUGCCUGGAGGCGCGGUCCCGGGCCGCCUCUGACCCCACGCAGGGCGCACUCUUCCUCCUCAACAACGCCCUCUACAUCUCCAAGAACCUGUCGGACGGCAAGCUGUCAGCGGUGGCGGACCUACCGGAUUGGAAGGACGGGCAGAUGCUGGACAAAUACAUGAUCCACUUCCGCGACGCCCGUGCUCGCUAGGAUGACAAGGGACGCCUUGAAAUGACUGGAAGGCCAUGGCUUGCAUGCAUGUCAUAUGGAGUGUCCUUGACGCCUGUUUUCAUCAAUCUCUUGCCGACUUGCAUGACUGAGCUCGUUUGGUUGCGUAAGUCCCAUCGUUCCUUGGUGAACGGCGUGGCAUCUCACUCUAACCCGGGCCAGUCCUUUC